AAACUCUUCAAUUGCAUUUAGUGAAAAUAUUUUUUUAAAACUAAGAUCAGGCUUAAUUAUUUUGAUUUUCUAUCAUUUAACAUUGUCAAUAAUGCAUAAAAAGGUGUUAAUUAGUUGUAAUUUAUGACAACCCAUAGAAGUAUCAUAGUAAAGUUUUCUAUUAUAAAGUGAAAAAGAAGUUUAAUGAUUACUCAAUCACAAUCAAGAAAAAAAAGUAAACAAAAGGAAAUUAUUUCAUUAUCGAAAUCCUUGAAGUCACGAGAUUGCAUUACAAAGUUACAACAACUUCCUGUCAUCACUAAAACUAUUUAUUAUUUAUACAACUAUAUUGUAGUUGAGAAUUUGGUCUUGAAAUUAAAAGUGAUUGAACUAUUUUAAACCAUCAUAUCAACAUCUGAAAAAGAAGAAACAAUCACGAAAUCAAAAAAAGAAAACAUCGUCUGAUGGCAUUGACAUCAUAAACAACCGAAAUUAAAACAAGUUUACAACUUUGACUUUUCUCUCGCGUUGAAUAAAAGAAAAGUGUCAAAAUGGAAACCGCAACUCCAUUCCUCAAAACCAUAGAAUGGGAAAUGAUGAACAAGAAGAAAUUCUUUCCUCUUUCAAUGCUGUCAUCUUUCUCUGUUCGAUGUGCGCUUUUUCCUUUGACUGUCAUCAAGACUCAGCUACAAGUUCAGUUCAAGAAUGAUGUUUAUAAAGGAAUGAUUGACUGCGCUUGUAAAAUUUAUAAAUCGGAAGGUGUUCGCGGACUUUAUCGUGGCUUCUGGGUUUCGUCAUUCCAGAUCAUCUCCGGAGUUUUCUACAUCAGCACUUACGAAGGCGUUCGUCAUCUUCUUACACAACGAGGAAGUGGAGACCGAGUGAAAGCGAUUCUCGCUGGAGGAGCUGCUAGCUUAGUUGGUCAAACAAUUAUUGUACCUUUCGAUGUCAUUUCACAACACAUUAUGGUGCUUGGAAUGAAUGCUCAUGGACAGAAAAUUAAUCCACUCGGAAUUAACACAGCGGCCAAAAAAUCAGAACUUGCCAUUAAAAUUGCCCGCGAAAUUUACAAAAUCGAUGGACUUCCAGGUUUUUAUCGUGGAUAUGCUGCAAGCCUCUUAGCCUAUGUACCAAAUUCAGCACUUUGGUGGGGAUUUUAUCAUUUUUAUCAAGACGAGCUCAUCAAAAUUUUACCAUCAAACGUCUCACAUCUGUUUAUACAGUGCAUAGCAGGAUCCUUUGGUGGAUUCACAACGACAAUAAUAACAAAUCCACUUGACAUCAUUCGUGCACGAUUACAAGUGCAACGAUUAGAUUCAUUUGUAAGAGCUGGUUUAGAGCUUUGGAGUGAAGAACAAUUCCACAUGUUUUUCAAAGGUCUUUCCGCUCGUCUCGUUCAGUCAGCUGCUUUCUCAUUUAGCAUCAUUCUUGGAUAUGAAACAAUCAAAAGAAUAUCAGUUAAUGAACAGUACAAGCAUAUGGUAAAAUGGUAAAAAGAAACAAACACGAUUAAAGUUUUUAGCGCAAUUGUUAUUAAGAUAAUACAGGAAAACGAACUCUGAGAGAUAUUCCGAAAUCCGAGGAAAUUUUCUGGCGUUUUUCAUAUAAAGCGUCACAUAAAUGUACCAAAAACUAAUUAUUGAGUUACCAGUUUAUUAUUACGCUUAAUGUAACGCAACAUAACAUCAUACAUAUUUAUGUAUGCAAUAGGAAACAUUGUGUAAUAAUUAAAAUAAUAAUUUAAUUUAUUUUCAUGUCCCAACGUAGUAAAUUUAAUUUAUUUUUAGCUAGAAAUCAUUUUUCUUAGUGUAGACAUUCAGAGAAAUUCUUAUUUUCGUUGACUCUUUUCGUUAUGUUCUUUAAGUAUGUAAUGUGAUAAAAAUUAAGUGAAAAGUUUUUGUCCCUUUUUUAAAAAGUUGGAAAAUAAAAGAACUUUUAAAAGAAGACAAGAAAGUUGAAAGUUUUAACAAAGAGAAUA